AUGCACAACGCAGACACUAUAAAAUACCUCGGCCUCUGCCGCACAACUGACGUCACCUUCACUGGCUUCAGCCUCACAACAGACGUCACCUUCACAGGCUUCAGCCUCACAACAGACGUCACCUUCACUGGCUUCAGCCUCACAACAGACGUCACCUUCACUGGCUUCAGCCUCACAACAGACGUCACCUUCACUGGCUUCAGCCUCACAACAGACGUCACCUUCACUGGCUUCAGCCUCACAACAGACGUCACCUUCACUGGCUUCAGCCUCACAACAGACGUCACCUUCACUGGCUUCAGCCUCACAACAGACGUCACCUUCACUGGCUUCAGCCUCACAACAGACGUCACCUUCACUGGCUUCAGCCUCACAACAGACGUCACCUUCACUGGCUUCAGCCUCACAACAGACGUCACCUUCACUGGCUUCAGCCUCACAACAGACGUCACCUUCAAUGGCUUCAGCCUCACAACAGACAGCUUAUCCCUGUGGUGCUUUGAGAAGGGCGACGGGCUGAUAUAA